GGUCCGCCCAGCUGUGCCAAGUGCAAGGCUACCUCCGCCAGCGGAUAUCUCGAUCUGCAUAUCUGCCUUCAGUGCGGAAAGUGCAUGUGCACCAGGUACAACCAUCUGAACGAUCACUCUAUCGAAGAAAACCACUUUUUAGCUGUGAGGGCCGAGAGAGAUGCCAUCUACUGCAUUCGCUGCAGAGUUCACGUGUACCACUCAAGCUUCACUUCGAUCGUCAAGCGAGCCAGAGAAGAUGCUAUAUCCGUCAAUUUCGGCCUAGUCAAACCGGACUCCCUGAGAGUUCGAUACAAAGGGUGGAAGCCGUUCCGAGAGGAAAAGGCAAUGAUCGAACGACACUAUUUUCCUUCCAAGGUACCUGUCAGUUUGCUCGGCCUCCGCGGACUCAACAACCUCGGAAACACCUGUUUCAUGAAUGUCAUUUUGCAGUCUUUCGUCCACAACCCAUUUCUAGCAAACUACUUCCUGGCAGACAAGCACAACCAUCGGCACUGUCGACUCCUCAAGUCCAGAAAUCUCUGCCUCGGAUGUGAGGUCGACAGCUUCAUCGAACACAUGUUCUCUGGCGAGCAAACGCCUUUUUCCCCGCACCACUUCUUGUACAGAACCUGGAAGUGCAACGACCACCUCGCGGGCUACGACCAACACGAUGCGCACGACUUCUUCAUUUCGACCAUCAACACGCUUCAUUCGCACAUAGUUCAAGCAGAGUGGCUCGAAAAUGAAACGGCGGCGUCUGAAAAUCUCUGCGACGCGCCGAGCGACUUCUUCGAAACCGUGACAAACAACCACAACUGUCAAUGCGUCAUUCACAAAUACUUCGACGGCAUGCUCCGAUCAGAAGUCUCCUGCUUCUUGUGCAAAAAGACAUCGAUUUCAUUCGAGUCCUUCUUCGAUAUGUCCCUGGAUAUCUGCUCCUCGAACGACUCUGCCAAUUCAAACGGUUACGAUACGCUCCAAAAGUGUCUAAAGCAAUUCAUCAAGCUGGAGCCUCUGGAAAACUUCCGCUGCGAACACUGCAUCACAACUGUAGAAUGCACGAAGCAGUUCUCGUUGAAACUGCUCCCUCUUGUUUUGUGCCUCCAUCUAAAAAGAUUCAAGCAAAACAUGAAAACCAACACAAAAAUUGACGCAUACGUCAAAUUCCCAUUCAAUCUGGAUAUGACUCCAUACGCAUCGACGUCCAUCGACUCCCAAAAAAAAGAAUCAGCUUGCUACGAAUCCGACGAUGAGUUCGAUUCAAACGUCCAAGGACCGUCUCGCGACGGACCUAUCCCGCCACUCGACAAAGAAAUAUACUCUCUCUUCGCCGUCGUGAACCAUAUCGGAAACAUCAAUAACGGCCACUAUACCUGUUACAUCAAACACGGCGAAACGUGGUUCAAAUGCGACGACCACGUCAUCGUCAAAGUCACCUCCGCAGAGGUCCUCCAAAGCCGUGCGUACCUCCUGUUCUACCUAAAAAGCACUCUGGAGUACUUUUUGCCAACGGAAGACCAAUAGAACAAAUCUCAUACCGACCGCACUCAAACCUUCAGACCCCUCUAGACCUCAGAGACCGCCUCUGAAAAUCCUCUCCCUCAGCUGAAAAAAACGCAAAACGAUGCGUUCCUCCGUCCAAUAAUUCUUGCCGACUCGAGCAACUCUCCUUCACUGUGCCUCCGCUCUCUGGGAGCCGCCGUCCUCCGACACUUGCUCACAAAAUGAGGGAGCACCAUACAUAUACACCUUGUUUACAUUCAUACAAUCCA